UAUGAAAACCCUGUGCUCACGGCAACAUCACGCUCCGUUAUCUUUGACAUCUUUAGAUUGGGCAGGCGACUACAUUCUGUUGACAUUCCCCAGCCACUCGCUGUGUUCUAUACGCUUCUUCGCUUAAAACCGCCAGAAGACGCCAACAAUCCCUUGUUAAAAGCCCUGCGCGUGUGGAAUGAGGUCGGAGAUAUCAGCGAACACGAGAGCUUUGAUGGACAUAGAAAGGCUGUUAUAGAGCACACCCUCAACAUCCUUGUUCUUCCAAGCAUCCACAUUGAUUCGUACAAACGUGCCCCAUUUCAUCGUUCUGUCCUAUCUACCGAUUCAUUGAUUUCCCGUUCGUCAUGCAAUUACCACCCUGCUUCUCCAUCAUUGCCUAUUCCUGGAACGUCAUUAUCUCUUCCCUCACCUUUCCACUUUAAACUUCAUGUCAUAACACGACUCUCUUUUAAUGAACAGGGUCACAUUACCAACCACCGAGACUAUUGGGAUGUGAAGGACUUGAUGGGUCUGUUACCAGGAGUAUCGCUGGUACAGUGGAUCCUUAGCCGCCUGGCUGCGAAGGGUCUCUCGUACAACUCUAGGUUCUUGACAAGGAUCUCGGCGCAUCCUCAUCUUCACGACGCUGAACACCCCACAAAUCAUGAUGGUGCUGCUGCCGAGAACCGUGAUUUAGUGAACGGUCCAAUGGCCUAUGUCAAGUCCGCCAAGCAGACGCAUGGUCAUUGA